AUGGUAGAGGUCUUUGGAAGCAUGGACAAGGUGCAGGCCAACGAUGAGGACACGCAAGGCUCGGGCAGCGGAUCUGGAUACUCUGACCUUAGCGCAUUGGAGAACGAGACGGACGACUUUGGACGGCGCUUGAUACAGCAUCAACGGGAUGCGGCACGAUUGAAAGCAUUGAGCGGGAGUCAACAGGCCUUUAGGAAAGCUCGGCCGAAACCACGCAUUGCGGAUGUACUUGCGCGCGAAGAGAGGGAGAAUAGGUUGCGGGAGGCGCAGGUUCACAACCGGACGGGCAGCGGUGGCAGCCAUGAUUCGGACCCUCCGGUGACAGUCCCAAGGGAAUGGGGUAGGAAGGCGAGGAAGCAGACAGACUGGAUGCGCAAGAUAUUGGAACCGUCUGAGCCAAGUGAAAACGGCGAUGCUGUGCUCAACGGGCACGACGGAGAGAUCUUUACGCGCCGGACAGCCUUUACUGGAGAUUCAAACUGGAGGCCAAGGUCAGACGGGGCGGUGCAGGAUGUCAGACAUACACCCGCAGCGCGCGAGCAUGCGCCAUCAACCCCUCCCUCAUCGAUGAGACACAUGAACACCACUCUGAGACAUGACGUCUACUCUGAGAGCCAUGACUUCAGCAGUGCCUCCUUGUUGACUUCGACUCCUGCAACAAACCGCCUUUCUAGAAAGGUGGACGAGUUAGCGCGAAGGGAACUGGAAGAUCUCGAAGGCCAGGAUAUGAUUGCGGACGUCACUAAUGAAAUGACACGACCUGCAACGGACCGCAAUCUCCAUCGUUCAUCUGGCUCUACCCUCCGCGACCGCACAAAGGCGGACGACACUCUCCCCGGUAACUCUGUGUCAUCACGUCCGGCAACAGCACUGGGUCACUCUGCAAAUGCUAGUCGCAUUCCGCGCCGCCAACGCAGCCCCGACCGUAACCAGGAGAACAUUCCACCAUCGGGUGAGUCAAACGGUACAGUAGCCGGUCAUAAGCGCACGGAAGCAGAAACCUUGGUCAACCGCACUGCGCAACAGCUCACCACGCGGAAUGCACAGCGGCCGGGGCAUUCACGCAAUGACUCCAUGAACUUGCUUAAGAAGCUUGCUCGUGUGUCUAGCAUGUCGCCGAGCCCUGCGAACGACAAACAGAAGGAUGUGAUUGCAGAUGAGAAGACAUCGUCGGAUGGCGCAAAUACUCUUGCUUUGCGUCCAAAGAGCGCCAACGACGCUGCCACUGCUCCACAGACAUCGGCAAGAUCGCGCCGGUCCGAACCUCAAGCGAUUCGCAUUGGGCGUCAGGUAGAUGGCGAAGACGGUGAAGCGACAGCCGGGAACUCUGGCCAGGCUGCAAUUGUAUCUCAAGAAAUGUCAACAGAGCCGAAGACACCGGUCGUCACAGGCGCAUGGGUCGACACAACGAUGCACGCAGGCGAUGAAGCGUCGAAGGCGACGGCAAUCUUUCGACCGAGGGCCAUAGCGGAGGCCGAGCUGCGGCGGACCAGCAGUGAGCCAUCGCAUCAGAGGUCUGCACUUGGAGAUAUUCUACGUGAAAGCAAGGAGGAGCAGCGACUUCAAGGCUACGGCGAAAGUACCAUUCAGUCGCUGCAGGACAUUGUUGAUCCCAACCUCGAGCCCACGGACCCGACAAUUACUUCAGAGUUGGACGUGGAAGUAAAGGACGAAGAAGUCGGUGACGAUCGACUCAUGACGCAGGACGAGAAGGACCGCAGACAAGAGUCACUGGCCAUCGAAGGCAUGAACAAGCAUCUUCGCUCGGCACGAACGAACGUGAAAGACGCCAACAGAGGCCUACGGCGGGUGGAGAACAGGAUUGAAGCCAGUCAACACACUAUUCAAGCAGCACCGCCUACAGCACCGUCUACGGCCCCACCAACAGCACCGCCCGCGGCGGCGGCUGCUACCACCGUCAUUGUUCACCAGCAGCCCGGCAGAUUCGGCUUUCAACCCUGCGACACGUGCGGCGGCUGCUACCACUCCGUCUGGGCUGCGCUUUGGGACGAGUUCCGCUCCUACUUCUACACCUGGGACCCCAACUACCGUUACCGCAUCCGUUUCACGUCUCUCGGCCUUCUCUGCAUCGCCUCUCUGCUCUGGUACCUCCUUGAAUGCUGGAUGUGCUCCCUCUACUCUCAUCCAUUCGUCACCUCUCGAAAAGCAUACACCCCAGACCCCAAAGCGCCGCGCUUCCCGUUCGUCAUUCCGACACUGCUGUUUCGGCCGUUCUUCAAGUGGGGCCUAGGCGAGGACACGUACGAUUACGUCUGGCAGGCACUCGAGGCGUGGUGGCAUGAGGAGGUGUUUGAACGCUUCAUCGCCGGCGGGAAUCCUUGUUACAAAGUCCAUCCCGCGAUGUGCGGUGCCCAGCCGGUGAGACUGCAGCAGAAGACCACGGUGCGGAGUGCGUUUGAGAGUGUGCGGCCCAGUCGACAGGAGUGGGUUGCGGCUGCUACGGCGACAGGGGCGAGGUUUGUGGGGAGCGUGGUUGAUGCUAUUGAUGAGGCGGGGAGUAUGUGGGAUGAUUUUGAGGUGGAUUCGGUAUGA